CCUGUCCCCCUCUCGAUUAGGCUUUGGCUCUCUGCCUUUCUUCCAGCGGGAGCCGUUUUUAGGAUCUGAGCUCAGUGGGGCUUUAUAGCAAUCCCACUUUGUGGAAUUGCCUAGAAAUCCACGGUGGAGCUCUGAAGGGUGUGGUGCUCCUACCACCCCUUACCCGGGGCUGCUUUUGCCCCUUUCCCCCCUCCCUAGCCUCGCGUGUGCUUUUUAUCAAAACCGAUACCCUUUCUGCGUUAAAAAAGAAAAAGCAACUCGGGCUGACUUCCCUCUUUCCUUUCCCCUUAUCCUUGUAACCCGGGUCCCCGCGGCGUCUCCGCGGCUCCCUCCCCCUGUGCCGGGGCUGGUGUCCGGGCUGUCCGGAGCUGUCCCCGCCCGGGGCGGUCCCUGCGGGCCAUGAUCGCCGUGUCCAUCCCGGCCGCGGAGCCCCCGCCGGCUGCGCGCAGCCCCGAGCGGGCGCACACGGUGUUCCGUGUGGAGGUGCUGUGCAAUGGUCGGCGGCACACGGUGACCAAACGCUACAGUGAGUUCCAGGCACUGCACAAGCGGAUCAAGAAGACCUGCAAGGUCCCCGACUUCCCCCCACGCCAUGUCCCCAACUGGAUGCCCAAAGUGCUGGAGCAGCGCCGGCAGGGCCUGGAGCUCUACCUGCAGGGUGUGCUGUACCACAACGAGGAGCUGCCCCAGGACGUCUUGGACUUCCUGAAGGUGCGGCGGUGCCAGCAGAACCCCAAGGCCAGCAGCCCCCCCAGCACCAGGCUCCUGCCCUCGCAGCGCCCCGUUGUCGGCUUCUGCUCAGAUCCCUACGUGCGGCCACACGGCACCGACCUGCUCCCCAACACCGUCCUCAGUGGGGUCCUGCAGGGCCUCUACCUCCCCCUGAGCUGUGUCCCUGGGCAGGCAGCACCCCGAGCCUCUGGAAUGAUGAGUUCCCAGACACCCACCCAGCACCCAGGGAUGCAGUGGUGAGGAAAGAAUCCUUGCGGUGAAACUCACUCCUCCCUGCUGGGCUGGGGCAGGGAAAUGGUGGGAGAACUCAAGAGGAUGGGGGAGAAGCCAAAGGGAUGUUGGGAACUGCUCUCCCACCACCAUGCACAGUGCCUUUGCUGGCAGAGCAGGAGCUUUGCCUUCCCCCCAUUGUUUUGGGCUUGCAGUACAAGCCUUUGGAUGCUGAAUGGUGCUGGAAAACCUCUCUGCAUCCAGGCUUUGGUGCAAUAAAUCUGGAUUUGACUGACUGGCAAA